AUGUACCCGCUACACCCUCUACACCCGCCACACCCGCUACACCCGCCACACCCGCUACACCCGCCACACUCGUACACCCGCCACACCCGCUACACCCGCUACACCCACCACACCCGCUACACCCGCCACACCGCUACACCCGCUACACCCGCCACACCCGCUACACCCGCCACACCCGCUACACCCGCCACACCCGCUACACCCGCUACACCCGCCACACCCGCUACACCCGCCACACCCGCCAACCCGCUACACCCGCUACACCCGCUACACCGCACACCGUACACCCGCCACACCCGCUACACCGCACACCGCCACAGCCACCGCUACACCCGCCACACCCGCUACCGCUACACCCGCCACACCCGCUACCUGAAAUAA